CAAAAUUAUCGUGGAAAUGAAGGCGGACGCGAAAUCGAACAACGAAUUUUUGCUGAAGGAGGUCAAAUAUCAAUUGCAAAUAUGUCUGGGUCUGGAAACCUGUGAUGCUGGGCUGCGUAUCAUGAGGAGGCCGCAAGUGCUGGCUCAGCAUGACAAGUUUCUGAGCUUCUAGGUGCUGCCUAUUCUGCAUGACAAACUGCGUUUCUGCAUGUGGACCGUGUCUCCACCUAGGGGUAUCGGCAGAGGCUAAAUCUGUUCUAACGCCCAGGUAUUGGCAGAGGCUAAAUCUGUUCACACGCCGACCCGCCAGGAGUUAAAUGGUACUACUACUACUACUACUUGCAUGACAGAAAAAUGGCGCUUUUGGGUAACGUGCAUGACAGAUUUGAGAGUCAUGCCAGACAAGCAUGACAAACAUGCAUUCUUCCAGACCCAGACAUUUUUACAAUCCAUAUCAAAUUGCUGGAUUUAAACGUCCGGGAGGAAAUGAAAAUCCUGAAGGAAAAAUUCGAAGCGCAGAUAUCAGAAGGAAAAAAUCCCCCUCCCCAUAUCAAAAGAAAAUCAGCGAAAAUUUCCGAUGCUGGAUUUGCGUACACAAAUGUGGUCUCUCUCGCUGUAAGGAAUUGCGGGCAGAUUCUUAGGCUGUUUAGGUGCGCAAGGGUCUAGCUGUUUAGCAUGGGAAACGCCUGCCCCGUAGGCCAAGCAGCAUGACAAACCGCAUCCAUAAUGCGGCGCAUCCCUCACCGCUUGCCUUUCUGUAAGACAAAAAUGAUUUGUGGCCACAAAUCUGCAUCACAAAUUUCGCGACGGAUGCCUUUAUAAAGGGAGGGGGGAUUUUUCCUUGCAAUAGCAGAUCGGGAAUAUCCUCACCACUUUCGACCAGUUUAAGCAGAAGCAGGAUUUGGUGAAUAAGAAGUUCAACAUAUCCUGAGUAAAAACGCCCCCACCCGAUAGUUGUCAUGGCGAUUUGCAAUCGCAGGAAUGUCUGUAGUGCGCAUCCCCAUGAGAAGCAUUUCCAGCCGCGUUUUGGAAUUUGUAAUGCUGUAAACCGGAUGAGUAGAUGGCUUUGUGAUGCUGCUGCACUCGCUAAACUGCACUACAAUACAGAGACGAACUUGUCAUGCGUGACUCCCAAAACUUCUCGACCUGUGUUGCGAGAUUCCCAUGUUGACUAUGGGGUCGUGGGGACGUUUUUGCAUAUGAUACAACACGUUGCUCACUUCCAAGUUCGAACUCGCCGGGAAGGAGGCAAAGGAACUGCUGGAAAGACAGUGGGAGCGGACGGAGCAGCGGGUGCAGGGGAGUAUUGAGUUCGUGAAGCACGAUUUGGUAAACCCGGUCAAACUGGACUUCAACUUGCUGCAGAAAGACACGGAGGAAUCGAUGAACCAGUUGCAGCUGAAAGUGAGCAGCGAAUUGGAGCAGGUGAAGCAGAACUUCGACAGUAACCUGCAGACGUCUAACACGAGUUGGAAGACCACGCACGACAGUUUGCAAACGAAGUUGUUCGACAAGAUCCUACCGGGCCUGACGAAAGACAUGAAGCACAUCGAGGGGAAAUUGGCCGACCAGGUGCAACUGACCAAUGACACCUUGACUGCGAAAAUCGCGAAAGCACACACGGACAACGACACUCGCUGGAAGCAGACGCAGCAAACGGUGGAGGGAAACAAACAGCUGUUUUACUCCGAAUUGAAGAAAUCGAGCAACAAUCUGCACCAGCAGAUCGACUUCAAAUUGGAUUCCGUGGUGGAGGAGAUGGAGAAGGUACAAUAGUGGAAGUAGCUAAAGUCGGAUUUCUUCGCAGCAGGCUUUGUGAUGCUGAAUUCGCAAAUGUAAAGGUGUUUCUCAUGCUCAUCCUGCAUGACAACGACACACUAUCAGGUCAAACUGUCCGAGAACCGG